AUGAAGUUCGACCUUGAAGAAGCCAAGGCUCAUCUCAGGGAACACGGCUGGGUGCGCGUGCCCUCAAUUCUCACAACGGAAGAGGCUGCGGCUGCUCUCGAUCGACUAUGGAAGGUGAAGGCUGCCGCUGAGGCCCGUGGAGAAGACACAUACCUUGCAUUUCUCGACCCAAACCCCAGUAAUGUGCGCGUUUUCUACCUGAUGGAGCUUGACAAGAUCUUCCGAGACCUCAUCUCGCACCCAACUGCCAUAUCCAUGGUCAAGGCAGUGCUUGGCGAGAAUUUCCUUAUCAGCAACUUUACUGCCAAUAUUGCUCGCCCCGGAUCCCAGAGUAUGGCUUUGCAUUCCGACCAGAGCAUUGUCUUCCCCGAUCCGUGGCAGGACGUGUGGGCGCUGAAUGUCAUCUGGUGUCUGACAGACGUCAACAAGGAGAACGGCGCGACACAGUAUAUUCCAGGGUCUAAUAAAUGGGUUUACCGCAAGCAGGUGCCUGAUAAUGCACCUGAGAUGCUGGUCCCCUUUGAGGGCAAGGCUGGCGACAUCAUUGUCAUGGACGGCCGCGUGUGGCACACCUCGGGCAGCAACACUACCAAGGAUCAGGACCGCGCUCUGUUGUUUGGCUAUUACACUGCACCUUUCAUGCGUCAGCAGGUCAAUUGGACUGCCAAGCUGCCCAAGGAGAUCCAGGAUUCGUGCAGCGAGGAGCUCAGGGAGUGGCUUGGCCUCAAUCCCGUUGGAAACAUUGGCAUGACGGGGGAUCUGCGAUACAUGUCGGUUCAGUACCCUGAGGGCAAGACAAUUGCUAGCGAGACGGUAGCCAGUGGUUGA